UGCUGCUGGUGGCGAUCGAUUUACCAGACACUGACAGUGACUGCCAAACAGCCGCUGGCCUGAUACUGCUAAUUUUCAGUGGAUCGAAUCCAGUUACUUGGAGUUAUACGAGUGUGUCCCGAUCCAGGCAGCACCGGCAGAAAGGAGUACACUCCUACUAGUACUAAGCGUUCUGCUCCGUUUCGCCUGGCUCUUCAUAAACUCGAGCUCUUCCGUACCUUUGGCUAGUUUCUUCUUCUCCUGGCUUAGCAAAGCUAGUCACACUGCGCGUCCUCCCUCGCUCGAUUAUCUGAAGUCUGAACCCACGAGGCAUGAGAGCGACGGCACGUCGCAGCGCCGGUGCCGCGGCGGCAGCGGGGGUCCUACCGGCCGCGAAGAAGACGACGACGACAACGAAGAAGAAGAUCAAGGGUGCCGGCGGUGGAUUCCUCUGGGGCUGCGGCGGGUCCAAGUCGGUGGCCAUCGCCGCGGGCAACAUCUCCACGGCAACGACGCCGAGCCCCACGGCGGCGUCGGCAAAGUCGGCGCCGGCAGCGACGAAGACGACGCCAUUGCCGGUCGCCACCGACAACGAGGGAGAUUGCGCGGCGCCGAGCGUGGACGCGCUCCUGCGGCAGCUGAGCGAGCUGGAGCGCGGCGUGCGCGCGCUCGGCGUCCGGGUCCGGGAGGAGGAGGAAGGUCAAGGCGGCGGCCAUGGCGGCGACGGUGGCAGCCCGUGGCCUCAGCGGCGGCGGCUGCACCGGAGGAGCGCGAGCGACUGGACGGCGGGAGCCGUGGCGGUGGUGAGGGAGACGGAGGACCCGGUGGGCGAGUUCAGGGCGUCCAUGGCGCAGAUGGUGGCGGCGAACGGGACCACGGGCGGCGCCGAGCUGCGGGGGCUCCUGCAGCGGUUCCUCGAGCUCAACUCGCCGCGCCACCACGGGCUCAUCCUCCAGGCCUUCGCCGACGUCUGCGACGACCUCUUCUCCGGCGCCGCCCGCCGGCCGCUUCCCCGUCCGCCGAAGCCGGCUCUGCUGCCUUACAGUUACAGCAGCCAGCUAGCUUAGCUAAAAAAAACGUCCACGCUACGCGUACUGACACGUUAACUACAGUUCCCCUCGGGAUUUGUUGCUUGUUGCCUGCCGCCAGCCAGAAACAGACGCCCGUGUCCGUGUGGCCGGCCGGCGCCGUGGGUUUCUGUGCCGUGACCAGAAGAAAUCUGUGGCUCCUGAACCUGACCCAUCUCCCUCUCUCUGUCGUCUCUUCUGUAGUAGUAUACUGUAAAGCAUCACCGAUCGAUCAUACGUUUCCCGUGGAUGUUGCGUGGCACGUUAA